AGGAGGACGGCCCGACUCAGGUCCGCCUGCCCUAUCACACAGACAUCUGUUCUGUUUCUUCCUCUUUAUGAUUGCUACAGAUGACAAGGGGAGUAGAGCGGACCGAGGCGGAAAAAAAAAAGUUAUGUCAUAAAGGGUGGCUCCAGGAUGUUAGGAACUGUGAAGAUGGAAGGGCAUGAGAGCAGCGACUGGAACAGCUACUACGCGGACACACAGGAGGCCUACACCUCGGUCCCGGUCAGCAACAUGAACUCGGGCUUGAGCUCCAUGAAUUCUAUGAACACCUACAUGACCAUGAACACCAUGACCACGAGCGGCAACAUGACCCCAGCUUCAUUCAACAUGUCAUAUGCAAACCCGGGCCUGGGCGCCGGCCUGAGCCCCGGCACGGUAGCUGGCAUGCCUGGGGGCUCCGCGGGCGCUAUGAACAGCAUGACAGCGGCGGGAGUGACAGCCAUGGGGACGACGCUGAGCCCUGGCGGCAUGGGCGCCAUGGGCGCGCAGCCUGCGGCCUCCAUGAACGGCCUGGGCCCCUACGCCGCGGCCAUGAACCCCUGCAUGAGCCCCAUGGCAUACGCGCCGUCUAAUCUGGGCCGCAGCCGGGCUGGGGGCAGUGGCGACGCCAAGACUUUCAAGCGCAGCUACCCGCAUGCCAAGCCACCCUACUCGUACAUCUCGCUCAUCACCAUGGCCAUCCAGCAGGCCCCCAGCAAGAUGCUCACGCUGAGCGAGAUCUACCAGUGGAUCAUGGACCUCUUUCCCUAUUACCGGCAGAACCAGCAGCGCUGGCAAAACUCCAUCCGCCACUCGCUCUCCUUCAACGACUGCUUUGUCAAAGUAGCGCGCUCCCCGGACAAGCCGGGCAAGGGUUCCUACUGGACGCUGCACCCGGACUCUGGCAACAUGUUCGAAAACGGCUGUUACUUGCGCCGCCAGAAGCGCUUCAAGUGCGAGAAGCAGCCAGGGGCCGGGGGCGGGAGCGGGGGCAAUGGCGGUGCCAAGGGUGGCCCCGAGGGCCGGAAGGACCCCUCUGCCGCUGCCAAUGGCAGCGGCGACUCCCCGCUACAUCGGGGCGUGCACGGUAAGGCCGGCCAGCUAGAGGGCGCGCCGGCCCCGGGGCCUGCCGCCAGCCCCCAGACUCUGGACCACAGCGGGGCCACGGCGACAGGGGGCGCCUCGGAGUUGAAGACUCCAGCCUCCUCAGCCGCUCCCCCAAUCAGCUCGGGGCCUGGGGCGCUGGUAUCUGUGCCCCCCUCGCAUCCAGUGCAUGGUCUGGCACCCCACGAGUCCCAGCUACACCUGAAAGGGGAUCCCCAUUACUCCUUCAACCACCCCUUUUCCAUCAACAACCUUAUGUCCUCGGAUCAGCAGCACAAGCUGGACUUCAAGGCAUACGAGCAGGCGCUUCAGUACUCACCCUACAGCGCCGCAUUGCCCGCCAGCCUGCCACUGGGCAGUGCCUCGGUGGCCACCAGAAGCCCCAUCGAGCCCUCAGCCCUGGAGCCGGCCUACUACCAAGGUGUGUAUUCCAGACCUGUCCUAAACACUUCCUAGCUCUUCUAGACUAGGGGUUUGUUUGUCGUGACCGUGCUUGUAGCAGGAGAGAAGGAAAAAACCAACUGCGAAUAAAACCACACACACCAAGCCAACAACAGCAUAAUAAAAUCCGAAACUAUUUUUAUUUUGUGUGUGUGUGCACAAUCUUUUUCCCAGUGCAAAGGACUGUUACUUUGUUGUUAUUCAAAUGCCUUGUGUAUAUUAUUAGGAAGAAAACCAACCUCAAACCAACAGAAUUUUUCCCCCUCCACAAUGUUUAAUGAUACACAGUGUAUAUAAAAAAUCCUCCUACUUCCUUAUCCCUCUCCCCUUCUUUCUUCUUCCCCCUCCAGACGCAUUCUAGUGUGUGCAGAUUUUAUUUAAAAAAAGAAAUAUGUUCAAGCUUGUAAAGUAU